UUUUGAUGCUUGCUUUGGUGGGCGUGGCUCUGGCCGCCCCUUCGGAUCCGUACCACCAGCCUUCCUACAAGGAGGAGCCGAAGCCGUACCAGUUCGCCUACGGAGUCAAGGAUGAAUACGCCGGCACCGACUUCGGUCAGAGCGAGGAGUCCGACGGCCAUGCUGUAAAGGGAUCCUACACUGUCCAGCUCCCCGACGGCCGCAAGCAGACGGUAAACUACGUGGCUGACCACUACAACGGCUACCAGGCUGAGGUCAGCUACUACGGCGAGGCUCAGUACCCCCACCAGUACGGUCCCCCUGUCACCUUCAAGCCCCAGGCCUACCACCCCCAGCCUUCGUACAAGCCACAGCCUUCGUACCACUAA